AUGUAUGGAACAAAUGAUUAUACCAAAUUAUUCGAAAAGUGUACCAAUGAAAAAAAUACUUUCGAUUGUUUGAAAAGAAGAGCAUUGGAUAUAUUGGAUACCGCGAUUGACGAUGAUUCGGUUUACGUUUUGAAUGAUUUUGUAUCGAUCGAGAAGGAUCCAACGUCUACGGCUAGAAGUAGCAGAGGAUUGAAGAAUGUUUUUAAUAAUGGUAGUUUGGAUGAACAAUUGGAUAAUAAAUUUCACGAAUAUUUGUCGUCGAGGAGUUUACGUUUGACGAUACCUGGAAACACCUUUGAAGGUAGAAGAAGGAAAGGUAAUAGAAAUGGUGGAUUGAUGAUGAUGGGUUUAGCUAUGGCAGGAAUGUUGGCACAACUGGCUUACGGAAAAAUUGCGUUUCUUGCCGGUACCGCAUUGUUGACUGCUAAAAUAGCGUUGGUUUUGAGCGCAAUAAUUGGCUUGAAAAAAUUAGUAUCAAGCGGGGGAGGUGGUCACGAGGUGAUAUACGCAACAGCCUCGGAACAUCAUGGUGGUUAUGGUGGUGGUUACGGUGGUGGCUGGCAACGAGCUAUGGAUGGAAUUCCACCAACUUGA